CAACGCAACGGCAAGUCACCGUCGUUUUUCCCUUCACAGUUCUUCCCACAGUAGCCCGACAUGGCUGACGCUAACGCCGGAGGUGAACAGCCGACCACCGAACAAUUGGUCCACCAACUCGGCACUAUCAGCCGCCGACUACCCACAUUCUGGCCUGCGGACCCGGAAUUGUGGUUCGCGCAAGUAGAGCAGGAGUUUGCCCGUAGAAACAUCACCGCAAAAAUGCUACGAGAACUCUUUUUGCAGCGUCUGCCUUCGGAUGUCCGCAGGAUCCUGGCAACAUCCAGCAAUAUUCCUCUCGACGAUCUCGCCGAACUCGCCGACAAGAUUCUAGAUACGGCCCCACCAAUGAUUCAGGCGACCACUUACCCCACAAGUGGCCACCCGCUGCCUGCGACAGAGGCGUCUUCCUUUGAUUUUCAAAGGCUGCACGAUGACGUAGCCCAUUUGAUAACUGAGGUGGCUGCUCUUCGACAACAUCGUCCUAACCUGCCUCAACCGAAUCACAUGAGACACUCUUUCUCAAAAGGCCGAGCAGACACACCACCAGUUUGCUGGUACCACCGUAACUACGGACCCCGCGCGCACAACUGCUCUCCACCUUGCAGCUGGCCGUAG